UCACCGGAUCUGCGAAGAACACACGUCAUGACAGGCCAAAGUGGAAGAGAAGUUUUCAAUGUAGUAAAGUUGAUGGAAGAAUAAAAGCUGCAUGGCAACAUAAAUUGGAUCCGGACAAAUGAAAAGAACGAUCGGGGAAACGAGAUGGCACAAGAAGAACCGCUGUAUGAUUUCCCGGAGCCCGCUCAACAUUCUGAGCGCAAGUUAUUGGCCCUUCAAAGAGGAAGGGCCUCUCUGAAAAGCAUCAGCGUACUGGACCGUCUCCUUCUCACAGUUCCUGUGUGGUUUCAGCUGUCCAUCAACCCUGCCACAGCUCUGCACAUACUGCAGAGGGAGCCUCCUGGGACCUUCCUGGUGCGCAAGUCCCGCACUUCCCAAAGAAACGUGCUGUGUGUCCGCCUGACGGAUGAUAGUGUGCCAUCCUUCGUUCAGCAGUUUGGGAUCAGGCAGCAAGAUUCCAGUAAUACUCUGUCUCUGGAGACUUCAGCCAUCAGCUUUCCAGAUCUCCCAAGACUAGUUUCCUUCUACUGUGUCAGCAGAGAUGUAUUACGCUUUCCUCUGGAGCUUCCUGAAGCAAUUGCAAAAGCAACAUCCCACAAAGAGCUGGAGUCCAUCUCACAUAUGGGAAUAGAAUUCUGGAAUUCCCACCUAAAUGUCCGAGGGCCACGGGAGGCACCUAAGCCCCAGAAGAAGGAGAAAGAGCCGGACCAUGUGAACCCUUUCCCUCCUGCUGCGGCCCAACAGACAGCCUCUGCAGCUCAGCCUGAUGCAGCUCCCCAGACCGACUCCGACAACCAGCGCAGGGCGGCACCUAAAUCAGAAAGCGGCAGCAAACAAUCAGUAUCCAAUCCAACAUUGUUCCACGAGUUCUGUCCAAUCACGACACGCAGCCCCGUAGAGCUGGACUACGGCUCUGGCCAGGGCGCUCUCUGUUUCAUCAACCCUCUUUUCCUUCAGUCCCAGACUGCUUUGUCCAGACGACGCAUGUUCAAACACAGCCUCAAGGUUCGGAUUUCCACGGAGUCGUCGACCCUGCUGUCGCCCCCGCUCGCUCGUCCACCUCCACCACCUCUAAUGCCCAAAACCAAACAAAAAUGUAAAGCCAAGAAACACACACAAGAAAACGCCAAUCCAAAUGGAUCUCUUUUACAGGAGAAACCAAGUCAGGAUGCCCCCAGUGAGGACCAAGUUCAGCCUUCGUCAACAGCACCCCCUCACCUCCUGCCUGAGAAAAAUCGGCAGGGCCAAACACAGGUGGAACCAGACCAAAGUGAACAUGGAGUCACAGCUCAGCUACCAUCAGUGAUGGAGAAUCUUCCAGAAGACUCAGACUACAUGCAGCCGUCUCCAAUGAUCAAUUUCUCUCAUUCUCCAUCACUAUCACCCUACCUCUCCCCGUCCAUUGCUACAAUGCUGCCUCCACUUCCCCUCAAAGCAUCUACGUCCUUCUCGCUUCAUGAAUAUCCCGGCGCUUCUCCCUCCCUCUCGCCUUAUCAAUCCCCAUCUCUUUCUCCCAAGGCUCCCUUUUCAAUCUCUCCCUAUGACUCACCCAGCGCUUCACCCUCUCUUUCACCGUACCAGUCCCCAUCUCUUUCUCCUAAAGUCUCUCACUCUAACUCUUUCCCUCAGCUGGCGGAGGAGGCCUAUCAUAUGCCUGCUACUCUUUUAAGACUUCAGCAAAAACUAGAGAGAAAAACAGAGGAGCAGGAAGCAGGUGAAGAUGAAAAUAUGGAUGAAGAUGAUGAGACAAAUCAGGAACAGCACAAAAAGAUGGAGGACGAGGAAAAGGAUCUGGUUUUACAGAUAAAUGCUGCUUCUCUAAAUGACACGGACAGCUGCAGUUCCUCCACCAGUCCUGAGAGGGCAGCAGAGACUCAACCUCACUCAACCCACAAACAGGAAAAUGGAACAUGCCUCUAGCAAACAACAUUUCUAGACGAAAACGAUUAUAUAACAUAAGCACUGCAUAAAUUGUAAUGUUUUUUUCUUUGAGAAUUGAGUGAAUAAGACUUAAUGACCCCUGUACUUAUGUAUACCUAAUUAUGCUCUAGUGUCACAUUGUAAAGCAUACCAAUUUGUUUGACUGAUUCCUACUAAAAGCAAGCCUUUUAUUUCCGAAUACCAGUAUUUUCUGAAAAUGAAAUUAAGACAUUUUAGACUUUAACAAUUUCUUGGAAUAAGUUAUCCAUACACAUUUAGUCAACUUGAUGUGUUUUCAUCUAAAUAAAAAAAAGGACUGUUGAAAUUAAGAUUUAAUUAAAACUGAAAUCAG